CCUGUGAUCAGCUGUCACGGGACGACGCCAGAGCCAGAUGGAGAGCCCAGACAUUUAACCUCUCAAAUAAUAUUACGGUACAAGAACUGCUAUGAGGGUGGUGCACUACCUCUGGUGCCCAUAUUAACACCUGCAUAAUUUUAGAUCUGCAGCAUGGCAGCCGGAUUGAUUGAGGUUGUGAGUCAGUCGCUCCACUUGCCCCCUCACUACUGCUGCCAAGGACCACUGCCUGAUACAGUUGAGGCCUAUAUAUAUUAUCCAUGGAUAAGGGCAGUAGUAAGAGAUGGAACAUUUUAUAUCCCAAUGCUACAUGACACCCUUAGUGCAGCAGAGAUUCAGUCAGCCUUGCAGCUUGGAGAGAGGAUAGGCGACUUGUGGCAGCGGGUGUUAAUUCAGGUCAUUCCAAAAAAUGAAACCCAGGUGUAUCCUUUAGCACGAAAUUCUGGCCAUUCUCCUGGACUAAUGGCCGAUGUUUCCUACUCCCAGCUGCUUCAUUAUGUAGCAACCUCUAAUAACAAGAACUUGUGGAAAGAUGCUUACAAGAAAUACUCAGAGCAUGGUGUAGCAGUGCAGUGGAAAGGUGGAGCUCAGGUAGGGACGGACAGCAUGCACAAUGUUUUGAGGGAAGUGCUGUGGAGACUGUAUGGCUGCAAAGUUAUUCCCAUACGAGGAGAUACCCCAGUGCACGGUGGGAUACAAGGCAGCCGUGUUCCUGGCCCUCACACCAAUGUGCUGCCGGCCAUAUGUGCUUUUGAAGCAGACCAACAUAUAUUAGUUAUGCUGAAUAGCGUUUACCAUAAUGUUCUACAGUGUGUCUCAUUUAGCCCAGGCAAGUUAAUUGGAUCUGAAGCACGGCCGCUCUUUAUACUUUACCAGAUUUUGGAAGCGGCUAGAGAUACACAUGAUCGAGGGCUUCACCUUGGGAAUUUUACCUUGAGUCACCUUUUUAUUGAUGACUCUCUCUACCUCAGCUUGCUGCCAAGCAUUCCUGAUAACUUGAUUCAGCCAGACUCACUACACUCUCAGCACACAACCAAAGAGAAAGCAGAGAUUGAAGUCAUACAGGAGACUGACUCGGGAAGAGAGAGAAGCAGAGUAUCACCUUCAAUGGAUGCAAGUCAGUGUAUUGAAGUCCCCAAAUCUGAUCACAUAUCGGACACACAAGAUCUGUAUGCGGAAAAUAAUUACGCCACUCAAUGUCAACAAACUAGUACUAAGUUAUUCUACUGUCCAGUAACUAUGACAAAAAAAGUUUAUGAUAAUUUUCAAGUUAACGAUGGUGAUAGUGAGGAAACUAAACACUUAAGUGCAUUAAGUCAGUUAGAUAGAAGAUUGCUUCCAUAUCAGAAACUAAUGUCUAGUGAAGAGGCUUUUGAUAUCUUAAAACAGGUGGACAGCAACAGUGUUCAAGAUGCAGAACUGGAGGUGCUCCUUCAGUGCUCUUUAGUGCAGCUUACUCAACUCUGGGUUGGCCACCAGAUAACGACUCUUGAUUACCUACUAUGCCUUAAUUUUUAUGCGGGCCGAAAGUUCAACUCGCCCCAUCAUCAUCCUACAGUGCCAUGGGUGAUGGAUUUCUCUAGCAGAAAUGGUGGAUGGCGAGAUCUAACCAAAACUAAAUUUCGACUAAAUAAAGGGGAUCAACAGUUAGACCAUACAUACCAGAUGGCAGCUAGUCAUGGACAGAAUAAGCAAGCAGUUGCACAUCAUGUGACGGAAGUAUUCAGUGAGAUCACUUACUAUGUAUACAAGGCUCGUGUAACCCCAAAGGAGAUUUUGACUAAGUAUGUACGUCAACAGUGGGUGCCAGAACAUUAUCCAGCUACAAUAAGUCGGCUUUAUCUCUGGACUCCAGAUGAGUGUAUACCUGAAUUCUACAUCGAUUCAUCUAUUUUUAAGAGUAUCCACCAGGACCUAAGUGACUUGGAAGUACCUGAAUGGUGUGAAGAUGCUGCAGACUUCAUGCACUUCCAUCGCUCUGCUCUCGAGAGUGAGAGAGUGUCGCAGCGUCUUCAUCAUUGGAUUGACCUUAACUUUGGACACAAGUUGUCUGGUGGAGCAUCAGUAAAAGCUAAGAAUGUGUGCCUGCAGCUAGUGGAUGCCCAUACAACCCUUACUACUGGAGGAGUUGUACAGCUGUUCACUACACCUCACCCUCCAAGACUAACACCAUCUCCGUACCUUGGCAGAUCACCGCCCAAGUUCAGUAUCGCUGCACAACAAGAAACAAAAUUUGAAAAAUGUGACGAGGCAAGUGAGGCAGACUCGGCACCAGAACGGCAGGAUGAAGAAAUGGAAAGUGUCAAGUCUUUGGCACUUUCCAAAAAAUUAAGUCGAUCUAGAACGUCUCUGUUUGAGGAAAAGCAAACAGAGUUACCGAAUAUCCAAUUACCUCAUGAAUAUAAUCCACUUGUAGCACUUAAUCAAGUUGAAAUGUUAUUUAAUUUGGUAUUGAAAGCAUCAAGAAGUAUUCCAGAGCAAUCAAUUAAGUGUAGAGACAUUCAACAAGCCGUGAAGCAGGCAGCCCACUUGAGGCGUGUCAGAGACAUACAGGUAAUAGGGUGCAUUAUUGUGGAGAUUUUCUCACACUCAAAAUGUAGGAUUCUGAGUAAUAAAGCUUCACUCAAAGAGAGAUACGCUCAUGCUCGCAAACUUCUCACGCACGACCAAACUGAUAUUCCUCGGUGCAUACGGCAUACUUUACAAGUAAUAUUUCAGAUAAUGAACUGGAGAGAUGCUAAGGACAACUCGCUACCUAAUAAAUAUGAGCCAGUGUCAUCAGAUGGUUUGCCACCUCCAAGCCCACAUCAGUUGCUUCAACCCCUUAUUAAUGUAAUUGUCUUCCCAUCAUACUUUCCAAAACUGUAUAGAUUUGUAUGCAAGAUGAGACAAUACUCACAGCUUUUGAAUGAAGCUAAUAUGUUGCUAAGUGAAUCCCAGAAAAGAAAGGAAUAUAUUCUUAAAGUUGCAGAGAUCAGGGUCAAGAUGGCUGCCAAAGAUUUGCCAGAUUUGUUGCCUAGUUUAUCAGCAGAGGGAUUAGACCUUGUUUUACCAUACUUGAUUGAACUCUUUGAAUAUCCAGAAAGUGCUGUAAAUGCUGCGUGGUACCUGACGAGUCUCAUUGCUCAAGCUCUGGGACCAGAGGAAGCAAAUAAACACCUCUUGCCUCCUGUAGUGAAACUUUUUGAGGCCGAAACUGUGACCGACAAACAUCUCAAGCUUUUUCAUCGCUCCUUUCUCCUGCAAUUGAUAGUCUGGCAUGGUCUUCACAAGUUUCUCACAUUUUUUGUAACACCAUUGAUUGAAGGUGUUGGUGGAUAUAAGGAAGUACAUGGAAAAUCACAACAGUCUACAGAAAUUGUUAGAAAGCAGUCUACAACUCUCAAGAGUGUGGACAUAAGCCUGUGUGCUGAAAGUAUAACUUCACCCUGUGAGGAAGAUUCCCACUCCAGCACAACAGAGCUCACACUGAAAAUGGACUCCGAAGCAUCUGGUGCAGCUCGCAUUGAGGCUGACCUCACAGAUGCUGAAGCAGAAGCAGAGCCAGAGGUAUUUGUGUUUGAAGGGGGUGAAGAUGAAGUAGAUGUUAGUUCCCCAGACACUCCUAUGCAAGAUGCAAGUGACCAGUUGAGAUCACCGCUGGCAUCAGAAACUUUAAGUCUGGAUGAAGUAUCACUGCAGGAAGGAAUAGGAUCUAUCCCAUCUCUGUGUCCUUCUCCACACUCCCCUUCUAUGAGUGGGGAUGAGGAGGAGCCAGUAAGUGACCCAGACACCCCUACUCCUCUUGCUGCUGCUUACACAGCUUUACCGGCAUCCACCACUACUAACAUCAACAUUCCAAAAAGUGGUGUAACUGGUGUUUCAGUGAUCAAAUCUGCGGGAGAGUACUCUACUUCACUCCCUGACUUUCGUUUAGAAAAAGGGAGAUUUAUCACUAACAUUGACAUUGGAGAAAAUAACAAAGAUUCUUUUAAAACUGCUUUUCAUGAUGUUGAAAAUCAGAACAGUAAACAUAAAUUGGACCUUGAUCAUAGCAUGUCAGAUGUUUGUUGUGAGAGUGUGCUCUGGCUAGCAGGAAGAUUGGGUCCAGUUCUUACUUCCCGCUAUGUUACACGGAAUCUAUUGAGAAUGCUAACCUUGUGUUAUCUCCCAGACUCGGGAGCUCUGGCCCCAAUACCUACGGAUCCAUUAGAUGAACUGUCGGUUACAAGAAAACGUAUUCUUGGUGAUCAUUACGCUAAAAAAGUGCUCCAUUGUCUCUCGGAAAUUGCUUGUUUAUAUGGUGAGCAAGUCAUUUUACUGCAAUACCUGUGCCACAUCUGUGAGUUGGUGGCAUCUUGUCGACGUAAAUUGUCAGCAACAAUGGAAGGUGGCGUUUUGGGAGCCAUGGCUUUACUGCAACACCUCUUGCCAUACCUCACUGACAGUACAUUUAUGGAACACUUACAGGAAACACUAAUUCGUAAUGCAGUUUACCCUGUAAUUCGUCUCUUGUCAUCAACCAAAGUCAAUUUCCCCCAUGGUGGAGCAGCACGGGGAGUUCUAGCUUGCCGAGUUAUUGACUGCCUCUUUAUCAUGGCACUGAGAGUGGGUCGGGAAAUGAGUAAAAGCAUCUUGAUGCCCACUAUUACACGACUCAUGACAGCUUUUGAUAAAUGUCACACUAAUUCUUCAAGUCAGCUUGGAGCAUCACCAAGAUCACUUGAAGCAGAAGUAGUCCUGGGAGGUGGUGAUGAAGCAUCACCGGCAGGUGGCCUCCAAGCAUCCCCUGGAUCUAAUGUAGACUCUGUCAAGCUUAAGGCUUUAGAAGAGCUUAAACAGGUGCUGACACCUGAAUUGGCCUACCUCUCGUAUGUUCCGCUGUGCAGGUUCUUGGGAGCCUCCUACAUGGAGGCAACACUGCCCAAUCAUGACCUCUUGCGAUCCCUCUGUCUCCAGUAUGAUGAGAACACCCAGGCUGAACAUGCUGCAGUAUUGACAGAUGAUGGCUUGGGGCUAAACAACUCGACGAGCUUAGCAGAUGAUACAAGUGGGAGAAAAACCAGCACCCGCAGCACCAAUGUGGCCAUGACAGGAAACAGGAUCGAUAUCAGGGAGACAGCAGAUGGCUUCUCCAACACCCACUCAGACCUUCCACCUUCUAUUGGGUUUGCCACGACAGUUGACAUAACCAAGUACACUGGCACCAGGAUGGACAAUUCUCAAAGGCAUUUACGUGGUAAUUGGCUGGCCUAUUGGGAACACGAGAUUGGAAGGAGUGAACAAGAUGCAAGAUUCAACUUCAAGCAGAUCAAACUGCAGACCUUCACAGGGCACACCAACAGUGUGAAAUCCAUACAUGUGCUUGACAAUGAGAACUCCUUUAUAUCAUGUAGUAAAGAUAAGACUGUGAAGCUGUGGUCCCUUCGUAGCCAGGGUGAUGGAAAUACACAUGUAAGUGCUCAGUGGACAUACACUGGACACAAGAAAUCGGUUUUUGGAGUCACUUUCUCUGACUCGAUGCGGUAUGCAGCAUCGUGUGACUCCACUGUUCAUGUCUGGGACCCCUUCAUCUGUGCUGGGGUAAAGCAGCUCGACUCUCUUCGUCACAGUCCUGUUACAGUAUUGACAGCCAUGGCAGCACCGUCCACACUGCUAGUAGCAGCAACAACAGAUGCAACGCUCAAGUUUAUUGACCUUCGUACAUGCAACUACACCCAUGAGUUUAAGGUAUCUAUGGGAGGUGCUGGUUUAGUUCGCUGUAUUGACACUAGUGGGGAUGGACGGCUUGUUACAGUGGCACAUUCCUCUGGGGUCAUCUCGGUCCUGGACACAAGAACAGGACAUCUUCUUUCAACGUGGAAACCACAUGAGGGCGAGGUGCUUUGCAUGAAGUGGUACAAAGAUGGAACAUUCAUCAGCUCAGCCCUGGACCAGACUGUGUCAGUGUGGAGUGUGGAUGAUAGUAAACUAAAGUUCACCCUCAGGGGUCCAACAGAACCUGUCCAUCUCAUCUGCCUCUAUGGAGAUGAGGUUAUCACAGGGACUACUGCUAAUCGCAUUGGAGUUCAUACAUCUGUUUCCCCUACAGCAUCUUUCUCCUCUACACGAUUACGAUCAGACACAUUCCGAGGAGUUUUAACUACAAUGGCUGUUUUACCACUAAACCGGCUGCUCCUCCUUGGCGCUGAUAAUGGAACUAUAAGGCUACUUUGUUAAUAUAUAUCAUGGUUAUGUGAAACUCAUCAUUCAUUGAUUUCCAGUGCAUCAUGUCAUUGUCACACCUAGUUGUAAGAUUAGCCUCACCGAGUCCAUCCCUUUUCAAUAACCUAACAUUGGUAGAAGAAAUUCUCGGAUAUAAGUAUCUAAUUGUAAAAUUCUAAGAAGAAACACGACACAUUUUGAGCUCGAAAGUACUACUUUCCUUAUACUGUUGUCUUCCUAAUCUUAUAAUGGUAGUACUCUACAACCAAAUAAUGGUAGUACUCUACAACCAAAUAAUGGUAGUACUCUACAACCAAAUAAUGGUAGUACUCUACAAUCAAAUAAUAGUAGUACUCUACAACCAUGCUUUACAACCAUAUAAUGGUUGUUCACUACAAUCAUGUAAUGGUUGUUCACCACAGCCAUAUAAUGGUAGUUUGCUACAACCAUAUAAUGGUAGUACUAUAUAAUUUGAAUUCAUUAUAUAUACAAUUAUUUGAUUCCAUAAUUUGUGUUACUUGUUCCUUUUAAUAUUAUGUACAGUAACGUAAUAUUAAUGCAUGCGGCCAAGGAUGACGGUAACUCAGGAAUUAUUCUGUGCACCAUAGACAACUCUUGAAGUAUUCGCUGCAGGUUCACUCACCCGAUGGCAGCAGAGGCCUACACUUGUUGUGGUACAUUACACACUUGGGUAAUUACACAGCAUACCUUUAGUGUACUCGCCUAGUUAUGCUUGCGGGGGUUGAGCUCUGGCUCUUUGGCCAAUUACAGUGUGGAGAGCAACACAUUAAUUUUGAUAGAAAAUUGCAAAUAGAGUUGUUCUGUUCAUGUCUCCCCCCCCCCACACACCCCUUCUCACCGAUAUAUUUCAUUAUCAUUAUCCUAUUUAUAUUAUUUUUAUACGUAACCUACGUAAGUUAUGGUAUCUUGUGUAUCAUAAUAUCAUAAUUGAAUCUGUUGUAUAUAAAAUUAUACUUUGCAGGUGAGGGGGUAACCCUGCUCUAAUAUAAUAAUCUGGAGAAAAUCUGUACUGUAUCUAUAAAAACUCAUAAUAUUAGGUUACAAAGUGGUGGAUCAGUGUACAUGGCAUUUGCAUGCUGUAGUAGUGACUUGCCUCCCAUUUGAUCAUGAAUAAAGUGCACUUACCAAAGGUUUGGGGCUGUACAGGCAGUGAGAAGUAUUUAUUUAUUCUGCAUUAUGUUAGUGACCUAUAGUCAUGGUUAUCACAUUGCUUACAAAAAUCUGGUCUAAAUAUUAUUUGAGAGAAGGUCAUCGUCAUAUUACUUAAUACAAGUCUAUUGAAGUCUGUAAUGUACAGUCAUCAAGAGAGAGAAUGGUUUACUGUAAUACUGUUUAUAUCUCUGUGAGCAUUACAAAAUCAUUCCAAAAGUCAAAUAUUCCUUCUGUAAGUGUAGUUAUAUUCUUGAUUGAGAUUAUACUGCAAAAGUACUACAUUAUUUAUUAUCUCUUGUGUUGUAAAAGUAUUUAUCCCAAACAUCUCAAAGAAAAUAGUCUGAGUAAGCAGUUUAUACAUUUAUAAGUUUGCAGACUGGGAGUCACAAUAACGUGGCUGAAAUAUGUGUGACCAAACCAGACACUAGAAAGUGAAGGGACGAUGACGUUUCGGUUCAUACAGGACCAUUAUUAAGGUGAUUGAAGGGACGAAAUGUCGUCAUCCCUUCACUUUCUAGUGUGUAGUUUGGUCAAAGAAAUUUAUAAGUUUACCCGUUUUAAGUUGACUUUUAAAUACAGUACUGCACUAGUAAUUUCAGUAGAUCAGAGUGCUGAGUUUUUUCUUUCAGGGAACACAGUAUUGCAAAUACCCAUAACAUGAAACUCGAGCAUUAAAAUGUAAAAGUUCAGUCGAUGAAUUAUAAUAAGUUUAAGGCUGAAUGAGUCUGUGUUCAUUGAUGCCACUUGAUGGAAAAAUCCCUCAAGGUAUGGUUAUCGUCAUGUGUUGAUCGUCUAGUGACUCCAGUGGAAUGCAGUCAUAGUCAAAUGUAGAUCUGCAUCUUGCAUCAGCGUUUGAAUACCAAAAAUGCUGAUGUGGUUCCAAUAGCUCAAUGGUGUCUCAGCAGUCAUGAGAAAACACUAAAUAAUUUGGAGUCAGAUAGACUUUAGCUCAUGGUCAUCAACAUAUAAAGAUGACUGCACUUACCUGGCCAACAUAAAAGAUCUUCACAAAUAUAUUUAUUUUGAUAUUGUUUUUACUUCUGUAUACAGAUUCCCCUCUUUUGAAUAUAUUUCAUAUAAUAUAAAAUAAAAAAAUUUAUACAUUUUUAUUAUUUGGGUUCCCAUCAAAAUGUAAUGGCGACAAUUGCCACAACAAAUGUUGAUCAUUGUCCAGUCAUAAUAAGAGUAGAUGCAUUUUGAUUUAUCUUCCAUCCAUUUUGAUCUACCAUGGCAAAAUAAGAAAAAAGUAAUAAUUUUUGUCACAAGUCAAGGUGACAAUUUUGAUGAUAGCUGCACUCUGAAGAAUAAAAUGGAAACUUAUGUAAUAGGUGGCCUUUAUGUAUGUUUAUCAUUAUAAUUUCUAAUAAUUUUUCUCUUUCAUGAGGUGGAUAAGCACUUAAAAUUUAGUCAAGAGAAGAUGGAAAAUGGGUCCCCACCCCAUCCUUCUCCCAUAUUAUUGAGGAAUGGGGAAAGUAAAUCUAGAACAACAAUUUGUCAAACUAGUUAGAAAUGUUAAAAAAAAGAAAUAGAAAAACCUGCGGGGCAAGGUAAAGACAAAUCCUAAAGAUUUUGUUCAUAUAUUGUAUAACAAACAAAGAUGAGGGAAAAGACUGGGCCAUUGAAAACUUAAGACAGGUCAAGUAACUGAUAAUGACAAAGAUAUGGGUGGCAUUUAAAUAAUCUUAAAAUUUGCUAGAGAAGAACUUAAUAUUAUGCCUACAGCUGAAGAUGUUUGUGUAAGUGGUGGAGGGAACAAGUUUGCUUGUUUAGUGGUUACCAGAGAGGAAGAUAUUUAACAAACAGAAAAAUUGAAGCCAAACAAGUCCCCCAGGGCAUAUUAAAUAUUUCCCAGGGUGAUUAAAGAAUGUAAAGAAUAGCUUAGUUAACCCAUGUCUUGCACAUUCAAUAAAUCAUGUAAAGUUGAGCAGAGUACCAGAGUGUUGACUAGACCACACACUAGAAGGUGAAGGGACAAUGACGUUUCGGUCCGUCCUGGACCAUUCUCAAGUCGAUUGUGUUUCGGUCCAGGACGGACUGAAACGUCGUCAUCCCUUCACCUUCUAGUGUGUGGUCUGGUCAACAUACUUUAGCCACGUUAUUGUAACUCAUCGCCUGCAGAGUACCAGAGUCAUGGAGAGUCUGUAAAUGUGGUGGUGAUUUUUAACCCUUGGACAGCAGCAAUGGAGAAAUGGUCAUACUGCACAAACAAAAUAAAAAAAAUCAAAUAUUUUUUUUCAUUAUAGAAUUAUUAAUUUGUAUGCAGAAUAUAAGAAACAUGAAAAUAAGUGAAUAUUUAUUGUUUCAGUGGGUAGGGGCAUGCUGUAAGUUUGCAUCUGGUAUUUGUCAAUGCCAGGUGCUCGAUUUUGCUAACACUUCCUGAUUUAUUCUCUGAUGUUUCACUUAUUUUUUUUAUCACUUUUUUUUCUUUAUUUACAUCCACAGAGCUUUUAUAUCCAUAUUUACAUCACACAUGUAAACCCCAGACACUAAUUGUUUAAAUCAUCUUAUGAUGAUGACUGCAUUUCCCUAGUAACAUUCUUGAUGAUAAUUGCAUUUAUACCAUGAAAUGGUGGCAGGAUUUUUUCAUGGGUCAAGGUAAACUUCACUACAUCCACAUUGACCUAUUAUAGCCAUAUUUGCAUCAUACAUGUUAAACCCAGACAAUGAAUUUUCAAUGAAUCAAAAGCAAAGCAUUUGAUUCUGUGCAUUAAAAGAGUAUCUUAAAAAAAGUUAUGGUAUUGCAGUGGUUAUCCUAGGUUGGAUUAAUGUUUUGUUAUUUAAAAGUACAGUAUGUGGAGUGUUCCCAUAAAUGGAGUUAAGUCUGAGUGUAUAGGAAUAACCUUUUGAUGGUUAUUCAGGGAUGGACUGAGAAUCCUCUAAUGUAUCCGUUUUUCAAGUACUGGUUUAGUAGAGAAGUAUUAAGACAAAAAAGUCUAAUGUGUCAGAGAUUAGUAUGAUCACACUGAUCCAGGCUGGAAUCUGCAAUGUCCCUGGGGAGAAUGAGAUAUUGUUUAGGGAAACGACCAAGUGACCACAUCAGAAAGUAGGGAGUCAUCUACACACAAUGCAUUAUUCAUGGACUUGGUUAUCAAGAAUUAUCAAGAAUAACUGGCUCACAAUUGAAGGACCCGAGUUCAAUCCCCAGACAGGACAGAAAAGGUUGGGCAUGUUUCCUUACAUCUGAUGCCUCUGUUCACCUAGCAGUAAAGAGGUAUCUGGGAAGUACACAUUUGUUGUGGUUUGAAUCCUGGGGAAGGUCAGUAGUUGGCCUUGGCCCGUGGGGACCUCAAUAAACCUAAUUACUGUAUUGUACAAGCUUGCAGGCGAUGAGUCACAAUAACGUGGCUAAAGUAUGUUGACCAGUACUCAUGGGAAUUAUAGUAUUCAUAAUUUAUAAGCAGCAUUGAAUUAUUUAUUUUGACAUUAAUUUUACCCAUUUUACCUGAUUUACCUUUUAAUUUUAAAUUAAAAUUAUUUUUUACAUAAAAUUUCAAGUGAUUACACAUACAGUAAUUCAAACUGUUGGUAAGUUUGGGAAUGAGAGGUUGAGGCAUGUGUUGUGUACCAGUGAUUGUCCUCACUCCUCCAGUGGCUUCAUCUCUUCUUGGCCUCAACCCACCACUAUGGAAUCCCUUAUAUCAAAAUCUAAUUAAAUUAAUCUCAUCAUAUGUACCAAAGAUUUAUGAUAUUAUACAUGUAAUUUAUAUUAAUUUUUAAAUUAAACUAACAUUAUAUAUAUAUAUUAGCUGACACUGCAGUGUAUUUUUAAUAAAUAUAGUAAGUAGUUAUUAAAAUGCAAGUAUUUUGAUAAAAUGUUAUACUGUAUUGUAGUUUGAAAAAUACAGUUUGUUACAGAAAUCCAUUCAUAUCAAUCACACUGCCUACUAAGAAGUAUGGCCAGCCAUCAUUCUCCAUCAAGGAUGUGUUCUGAGGAAACCUAGGCACAUACCUAUCUGUGAAAAUUGAACUUAAGAUUAUACAGUACAUUACAGUAGUGUGUGGAAACUAGUAAUCGUUCAAGACCACCCAUUCAAUUUUGAUCCGAUUAUGUGAAAUCUGGAUUCCUCCCAAAAAAUUUGGCCCUUGUUUUUCUCUUCACCUAAUUUUCUAGAUUUUUCUUAUAGCAAAGGAUGAAUGCAUACAUUGCUGUAUUCACAAAUUCAAAUAAUAUACUGUAUUGUAUAUGUGAUUUCAUUUUGUAAGUAGAUGAGAGUACGUACAUGUGAACUUUCUUUUCUCCACGAGGCCAUCUUGCGGUGCAGCAGGCCUUGCAGAAUAUAUAGAAUGUGUCGUGAUGCAGCACAGCACAGUAUCUUCAAGUGUGUGUGUUAAGCACAGUGAACUCUGCACCAACUCAUGGACAGUAAACCCAGCAUCUGCAUUUAGUAAAGUUUUGUAGAAAGCUAAUGGGGAAUUUUGCAAAUACUAAACAUGUGGGUAAUGAUGGCUGACCAUACAGUAUACAUCAUGUAUUAAAUUAUAGAUUGAAGCUUCUCUUCACUUGGCAUGUGUCUAUUAUACUCUGCUUUAAAAUAUACAACUACAGUAGUUGUAACUUUGCUCAUUGUUUGCAGAAUAUUAUGUUUUAUAUAAUAAUAAAGCAAUACAUAUUCAUAUAAUACAGUACCUCAAAUGUGUUAUAGGUGGCACCUCGAGUGUGUGUGUGUGUGUGACAGGUGACACCUUGAGUGUGUGCUACAGGUGGCAUCUCGAGUGUGAGCGUGUGUGACAGGUGGCACCUUGAGUGUGUGUGUGUGACAGGUGGCAUCUUAAGUGUGUUACAGGUAUACAGUGUUCUAACAACCACAAUUACCUCAAAACCCUGAUUGACAGUUUUGGGAAGUUGGCAACUUUGAGAGGAAGAAAAUACACUUGCUUGAACAUGAUUAACUUUCUGGUUUUGUUAAUUGUAAUUUUUUAAAUUCAUUUUAGAUCACUGUUGGAUAUUCACCAUACAUUAUGAAUAAUUUAAAAUAAAUCUUGCCUCCUUAACUAACAUGCAAGACAAUAAUUAUGAUUUUGUAUUUUUAUCAACAAAUUAAAAUAAUAUUGCAUAUAUUUUCCACUGCAGUAAAAGUGUAAUUUAUUUAGUGUCGAAAUUUUAUAAAUGAUAAAUAAUACUGUAAUUAGAAUAUCUGCUGACGACUGAUCACACACCCGAGGCAGCUAUUAUGUACUGUACAUGUUUGUUUCAGAUUAUAAAAUGUGCCCAAGACAGUCGAGGAUAUUAAGUGAAUGAAAACUUCAGCUGUGUAUCAAAAUUCUAAGAUUAAUUUGAUAUUUGUCUGAAAUUGUAAAUUCUCGUAAUUGUCAUGUACUGUAUUAGAAAAGUUUCUCUAAUAUGUCAUACAGUAUAUUAAAGAUUUUCUAGUUAUGUAAAUACAGUAUUGAUAGUGAAAAAAAAUUUAUUAAUGGCACCUAUUGGACAAAGUUAAACGUAGUCUUAGGAAGUAAAAACUGAUUUUAGUGUGUAUAUAGGUGUAUAUAAUAUUAAUAAAUAAAACAUUACUUAUAAAUGUACAGUACCACUAUUUAUCUACAUGUUUUACUUUAAUAACAAUUCUGUCCAACCACUAUUAAAGCUAUAUUUUUACUAAAAAACAAAACACAGGCAGUUAUUCCAUUUCUGUGCCAAGGCUUUUCCAGAUGUGAUAACACCCUCUGGUGAUCAUUUUUCAUUCCACUUUGUACUUGUCCUCGGCAUUGUACGUGUACCACCACACUGUUGUCAGCCGGUGUUCUCUCUCUCUCAAUAAAUUACAGUAUUGGCAUAUACUAUUAAAAAUCUUAAACAUUGCAUAUGAUACAGGGUAUUUCCAUUUAUUUUCCAUGUGUAUUUCAGUUAACACACGUGUAUUCACUUCAAUGCAUUUGUAGCUUGUGUAUUUCAGUUAAUGUGAAUUCAUAUACAUAUUGAGAGAAAUGUUUGUGGAAACUUUAUAUUCUGUAAAACUUUAAUUCAGAAUUUAAGUGUUAGUUAAUUAAGGUUUUAUUUAUUUUGUAUUUUUUUGUCAUGUAAAAUGAAUGGCAUAGUGUAAGCCUUUAUAUAUAUAGGUGUUUUUAAUAAGAUUUUGGUUAUUAAAAUUAUUAAAAAGUUA